AAAUGCGCGCGCGCACCUUUUUUCCUAUCAUUUCCAAUUCGAAUACCGUCAACCACGGAUGGUUCGAACCAUCGAUUCCAUUUUCUAUUCUUAAUUUCGCGCGCCAUUACGAAAUAAAACUAAAACGUCAAUGUCACUUUUACCGCGCAAACGUGAUCGCCAAAUUGUCCGUGAUGUAAUGUUGCUUUUAUAAAAAUUAAUGUGAUAAUGAACUUGUAGCAUUUUUGUGUUGUAAAUAUGGCAGUGAAAUGGUAUACAAGUGUUUUUGGUACUGUGAUAAUAUUUUAUAUUUUUUUCAAUGUUUUGCGAAGUUGUGACGGUUACAGCCCACGAGAAUGUGGCGUACCACUUCGUAGGCACACGAGGCAACCUCGCGAAAGAUCUGCGGGUCAAUUAAGAAUCAUCAAGGGAAGGGAGUCCAAGAGAGGAGCUUGGCCUUGGCAGGUAUCCCUCCAGCUGCUCCACCCUAACUACGGUCUGAUCGGUCACUGGUGCGGCGGAGUCCUCAUACAUCCCAUGUGGUUAUUGACCACCGCUCACUGCAUUCACAACGAGUUAUUCAAUCUGCCGGUGCCAGCGCUGUGGACAGCAGUGCUCGGCGAGUGGGACCGAGCUGAGCAGCGCGGCGCCUACCUCCCUGUUGAGAGGAUCGUGCUUCAUCACCGCUUUCAUAACUACCAGCAUGAUAUUGCAUUAAUGAAGCUAACAAGACCAGCCGAUGUGAGCCCGGGGAGCCGAAUACGCACUAUCUGCCUUCCACCCUUUGAACCCAUAGUUACCAACCACAACACCGAACGAAGCACACACUACACUAAGCCAGAAAAACGAAAACCUAAACCUAGACCCAACCCCGAUACGGCGAACAAAUAUCUAGAAAAACUUAACAAUUUAACAAAAAACGUGUUCUCAGCGUUUUCUAAAAAACAUAAAAACAUGAAAUACAAUGUCAGAGUGGCAAACGAACAGACAGAGAGGAAGACAGAUGAAAAGAGAAGCGAUGAUAACAGAGAUAUCAUUUAUGACAGUGCCACAUUAGAUAGCGUGAUAAAACUAAUUAAAACAAAAAUAGAUGAUAGGGAACCAAAUUAUAGAAAUGGUAAAAAUGAUGAAAGCUAUGAAAAUUUAGAUGAAAUGGUAACUAGUGAUAAAAGUAUAGAUAGGAGUGAUAAAAAAUUAAUGUUCGGUGAAGAAAUAGAUCCGUUUAUAGACGAUAACAAUGGUAUAGAUGAAAAGGACGAGUGUUAUACAACAGGGUGGGGGAGGGAGCAAACAAAUGGGACACUAACUGAUGUGCUGUUGGAGGCUGAGGUUCCGAUACUGCCCUUAACUCUGUGUAGAGAUAAAUAUUCACUCACUUUGCCGCUCAAUGAAGGACAUCUUUGCGCAGGCAGCACGGAUGGUACUACAGGAGCGUGUGUGGGCGACAGCGGAGGGCCGCUGCAGUGCCGCACCGGCGGCGGCGGGCGCUGGGAGCUCCGGGGGCUCACGUCCUUCGGCUCGGGCUGCGCGCGGCGAGGCGUGCCCGACGUGUACACCAACGUGGCGCAUUACGUGUCCUGGAUCUAUGCUCAUAUAUAUGCGAGCUAGACUAGCAAAUAACAACUACAACUAUUUCACGGCAUACUACAUGGUUUCAAAAUAAUGCCACGUGAAAGAUCUAUGGA